AUGUCGCCUGUCUCAGUGGACGGUAGUGACUGGUCAGGGAUCAAUCAAUACCAGAAGUCGGAAGGGCCAUUCUCGCCAACUUUGUCGAGUCGCGGUAAUCUAGCCACACCUCCGACCUCAGGUGCUGCUAAUGGACCAAAUGGCGCUGGGUUACCAAACGGAACCUUGUCAGGACGGAUGAGCGACUCGGGAAACCCGCCGUCGCCAACCUCUGUGGCGGCGCGGUCGAGUGAUGGUACAUUGUCGGAUCAACGUAGUAAGCGAUACCGCCAGAUGGAAGAGGUCCUAGGAAAACAUUAUGUUGUCUUGAGGAGGUUUCUUAGUGCGCCUUAUCGAGAGGACCGGAAUGGCAGGCCAAGCAAAGCUAGGGACAAGUUACUUAGACUAUCGGCGACCCAGUUCCAUGAAUUGAGCACUGACGUGUACGACGAACUGCUUCGACGGCAACAAGCUAUGCCUUCUCCCGGACGUCCUCCUCGGCCCGAUGUCCCUCCCUUUUUACCGCCCCGACAAGAUUUCCACGAAAAGCGCAACCAGGCCCGCCAGAAACUAGCGUCGCUCCAGCAUGUCCGUUUUCGAGAUCUGGCCACAGAUGUCUACACUGAGUUGGAGCGACGAUUCCCCCAAUUUCCGGAGAAAGAAUCCCGCAGAGCGAGCCCAGCUCCUAGUUUUCGUGGACAUCCAUCGAACGGUUAUCCUUCGCCGAAUGGAUAUGGUCCCGGGGGAUAUCCGCCACCUCGCUCGCAGUCUAGGGGCCCGCCGCGGAGGGGUUACCCAUCAGGAGGUCCUCCCGGUAGCCCUAUGAGCGGCGUGUUUCCUCCCCGGCAAGGAUCUCUAGGCGGGCCACCAUCUAUCAAUGGCGACCACGGCCCCAUGGCCAAGUCGUUCCAGAGCAACACGAUUGUGCCCAAUAAAAGUACUAUGGUGGAGGACGACGACGACUUGGCUGGUAUAGACGAUGAUUAUGAUGCACGACGUGAUGCUUUCGCCUUGGAUGCUGUUCUGCAAAGCAGGAGAGGAACUGCGACGACCCUGGGAGAGGGUGAACGAAAGCUGUUGGCAGACACCCAGUCCCAGGUGUCGGUGCUCCAAGAGAAGGUGAACAAGCUCGAGGAGUUAUUAAAAUCAAAGGAUGAGGAGCUUUCUAAGCAUCAUGGAGAUCAGACAAGGGUGGAUGAGCUGGAGGGUCUACUAAAGGCCAGAGAUGAGGAGCUGUCCAGAUACCAGGAAGGGCAUGAGAAAGCUCAAGUUGGUGAGUCUGAACGUCAGCAAUGGGAGGAUCUUAAAUUGGAUCUGGAAAGCAAGAUCUCCAAGGCGGAGGAUCUUAAUAGUUCAUUGCAGACGGAGCUGGAUAAAGUUCGGACGGAGCACGAUGCUAUGGAAAGAGAGCUGCGAAGCCAAGUUGAUGGCGCAUCCCGAGAGGGUGCUGGGGAUGCUGAACUGCAAUCUCGAUUUGCUGACCUUGAAGUUAAGCAUAAAGGCUUACAGGCCGAACUUCAGGAACAACAGCAAGUGACGGAGGAAGUGAGGCGAGAAGCAGCUGGCUUCCUCAUGGAAAUGAAGGCUUUAUCAGAACAGAGCCACUCGAGAUGGGAACACGAAGAGCGGCUAUCCAGUGAGGUUCACAGACUAGAAGAGGAGGUGAAGCAGUGGAAAAGCCGGUAUGCCAAGGCGAAGACCCAGCUACGACACCUGCGAGCAUCCUCAACGGGCAUAGAACUUCGUUCAGAUGUCAACGUGAUCGCACACGAUAACGCAUUUCUGCAAGAAAACGGUCUUGUUAAGGAUGUUCAUGUGACAAAAUUCCAGAUUUCCAUCGAUGAACUGCUUCGAAUCGCACGAUUCGACGAUUACAAUCUAGUGAUGCAGCAAAUCAAAGCAGUUGUCAUCGCCGUCCGUCAUGUCCUUCGUGACGUCGAAGUGGCUUCCGCUCGCGAAGAUGGCUUGUCAGCUUCCCGCACAAAGGCUACUCGGAAAGUCUCUGCAACAGCGAAUAAUCUGAUAACCGCAUCGAAGAACUUUGCUAGCUCAUGCGGUCUCUCGCCAGUCUCUCUUCUGGAUGCCGCUGCAUCGCAUCUAUCAACUGCUGUUGUUGAUCUUAUCCGUCUUGUCAAGAUUCAACCUUCACCAGCAGGCGAUCUUAACGAGGACGAUGAGGAACAGCUGGCUCACAUGAAAUCCCCCGACUACUUUAGUGUUGCGCCGAGCCAGGGCAGGUUCAGUAACAAUGGGUCUGUCUACAGCGCUAUGAGUCCUCCAUCUAAUCACUCCCGUAACCCUACGGAGUCUCAUGCUGCCAAUGGAAUGACAGCCGCGACAACGACCAGCUAUCCCGGACCGUCCGGAGAUCACGAGCUUCAGGAGCUCAAGCUUUACGUCGAAGACCAGACAGAAGGACUGGUUCAAUCAAUUCAAGCUCUUGUUGCCAGUAUCCGCGCCGAGGAUGGCCUGACUACUAUACGCACCCACGUUUCUGCUAUCUCCUCCAUUGUAACCAAUGUCUCCUCAUCCACGGAGCAUUUCAUCCAUAAACCGGAAGCUAGCUCGGCGCUUCGACAGCGCGCUGGGCCAAUCAUCGAGAAACUAGACCAGCACAAGGCCCGUUUGACGGGGACAGCAACCGAGGGCGAGGAAGCUACCAGCGCCGAACAGGUUCGGGACGCUACAAACAAACUCCCUCCUAUAGCCUUUGAGAUCGCGAGGGAGACAAAGGAGCUGGUCCAACGACUAGAUCCGGUGGACCAAGAGGAGUCCGAGGAUGACUUCCGCUAG